AUGAACAGGUUUGAACUAAUCCUCGAGGAAAUUGGGGGAUUUGGAUUCUUCCAGAAACGAAUGACGGUGUUACUGCUUAUUUUGAACAUUUCUAUUGGUGUGGAGACCUUUCUUUCAGUUUUUACUGGACAGAACUUCCCACACCACUGCAACACCAAUUGGAUAUUUGCCAUUAGCCCUAACUUGACAUACGAAAAGCAACUCAACCUUACCAUCCCCACUAGAGAAGAUGGGGAGUAUGACAGCUGCACGAUGUUCACACCUGUGGAUUUGGAUUUAGAAACGAUUGAAGCAUACGGGAUUAAUAGUACCACAAAUUGCCUCGAAGGAUGGGUUUACAAAAUGCCUGAAAGCACUUCCAGUUAUAUGAAAGAGUUUAAUCUAGUGUGUGACGACAGCGGUUUAAACGAGGCAACCCAGUCCAUUUACAUGGGAGGACUUCUGCUUGGAGGGCUGGUAUUUGGAGCAAUGGCUGACAGGUUUGGCCGCCGGUAUGUUGCCCUGCUCAGUUUGUUUCUCCAGCUCUUGUUUGGUGUUGCCUCGGCUUUCUCACCAAACAUCUAUGUUUACAUUGCACUUCGAUUUGUCCUUGGUGCCGCAGUUUCUGGUGUUUGGAUUAAUUCUUAUGUCAUAGGGGUGGAGUGGACCUGUACCUCAAAACGGGGUUUUGUCACUAUCUCUUCACUUUCCUUUUUUUCUGUUGGACUGAUGAUGAUGUCAGGCGUUGCCUAUUUUAUCCGUGAUUGGAGGAUUCUACACCUGGUGUUUUCAACCCCUCUGAUCCUGUUACUUCUAGCCGGAUACUGGCUCAUGCCUGAAUCAGCCCGCUGGCUUUUGACCCAGGGCAGGGUGAAGGAGGCGCAAAAGGAGGUCCUGAGGGCAGCCAGGGUGAACGGAAGAACAAUCUCUGAGGCCAUGCUCAGCCAGUUGGAAGCUGACUUGGAGACUAAGAACGUGUCAAAAAGCACAGGCAUGUUUGACAUUUUUAGGGUGUCAUAUAUAAGUAAACGUGUUCUCGUCAUGAGUUUUAUCUGGUUUGGAGCAAGUCUGGUGUACUAUGGAAUCAGCCUCAAUGUUGGCAGUUUUGGCGUGGAUAUCUACCUCACUCAGUUCAUCUUUGGCCUUGUAGACAUUCCUGCAUGCAUCGGCAGUGCUGUACUCAUUGAGUACUUUGGGAGGAGAAAAUGUCAAGUCGCGACUCUGUUUUUUACGGGCAGUGCUUGCCUUGUGAUGGUUGCGAUUCCAAAUGACUUUUCUGCGGCUACGACAGUCGUCGCUGCACUUGGGAAGUUUGGAGCCACCGCUGCCUAUUCCGUCAUCUAUGUUUACACUGCAGAAAUAUACCCGACUACUGUAAGGCAGAGUGGGGUUGGUAUAAAUCUCAUGUGUGGUCGUAUUGGGGCCAUCCUAGCUCCUCUCAUCAGACUACUACAGGUCUACCACCCUGCCAUCCCUAUGGUGUUGUAUGGCACCCUUCCCUUAAUAGGCGGGUUGCUCUGCUUUCUGCUGCCCGAGACCCUCAAUGUGGAACUCCAGGACCACACAGAACAGAGAUUCAUCGACAGUAGUCUUCAGAAGCCAUUGGGUCUUGUGUUGAGUGUGACCGAAGCCCUCAUCUUUGUUCCAAAACCGUAA